UGGAACGUAAGUUUUCGGAAUGUCAAAUAGUUUUGCUGCUUUUUCAUUGUCUGCGCAUUUUUGCAGCGAUUAAUUAGUGAAAAUUUAAUUGUAAACAUUAAAAAUUACCAAAAAAAAAUUAUAGAAAAUAUUUAAGAAGACUGUCGAACAUAAGUAGAAAUAAAAAUAAUAUAUUUGAGGUGUAAAUUAUCCGAGCAUAACAAAAAGAUGUCUUAAAUCUAGCGCAGGCAGCAACAACGCCUAUGGUGAACGAACAUGAGUAGUUGUUGAGUAGAUAUAUUUAUUAGAAGGAGCCCCCACUGAAACCCAACCCUAAAGCAAAAACAAAAAACACAUUAAUUGUAUAAAGAACGAAAAUUUAUUUAAAAAUCGUUGAAUUAUCAGGGCAAAGUGUUUUUGUGAACAUCUUUUGCAUGUCGUGUUUUAAGAAAAAAAAAUUAAAAUCGGAUUCCAGAUAAACGUACGAAUCGAUUUUACAAGUAAAAAAAAAAACAAACGAGUUGUGCUGAAAAAAGCACACAUAAAAACAAACAAAUACAUACGAAUCCAACUUAAAGAUGGAUGCCGAUAAAAACAGUGGAGGUGGUGGAGGUGGCCAAGAGACAAAAGUGAUCUAUCAUAUUGAUGAUGAAACAACACCAUAUUUGGUGAAGAUUCCGAUACCAUCAGCUCAGGUCACUUUGAGGGACUUUAAAAUGGUGCUCAAUAAACAAAACAACAACUAUAAAUACUUCUUCAAGUCGAUGGACGCUGACUUUGGUGUAGUUAAGGAGGAGAUUGCGGACGAUGCCACUAUAUUGCCAUGCUUCAAUGGGCGAGUUGUGUCCUGGUUAGUGUCAGCUGAUGGUACGAACCAGUCAGAUAAUUGUUCUGAUAUGCCAAACAGCGAAUGUGGGGAUAUUCGUCAACCCGUAAGACCUGCUCAACCACCGCCACCACCUCAAAAAAUGGGUGGAGGAGGUUUAGGUGCUGGAAGUAUGGGUGGACUUAUUGGAGGUGGUGGUGUAAUUACAAAUCCUAUGAUGCAACCUCCACCACCUCUCACAUAUCAGUCGGCGUCAGUAUUGUCGAGUGACUUGGACUCUACAAGUUUAUUUGGAACAGAAUCUGAAGUGACAUUCGAUCGUGACCUAACAGACUAUAGCAGUGUCCAAAGAUUGCAAGUGCGCAAGAAGCCCCAACGACGUAAAAAACGAGCUCCAAGCAUAUCUCGAACUUCAAGCUAUUCUUCAAUAACCGAUUCAACAAUGUCUCUGAACAUAAUUACGGUAAACAUAAACAUGGAAGCGGUUAAUUUCUUGGGUAUAUCGAUAGUGGGCCAGUCGAAUCGCGGAGGUGACGGCGGUAUAUACGUAGGCAGUAUAAUGAAAGGUGGAGCGGUGGCAUUAGAUGGGCGCAUUGAACCCGGCGAUAUGAUUUUACAGGUAAAUGACGUAAAUUUCGAAAAUAUGACAAACGAUGAAGCAGUUCGAGUUUUGCGAGAGGUGGUUCAAAAACCUGGGCCUAUUAAGCUGGUGGUUGCUAAAUGCUGGGAUCCAAAUCCAAAGGGUUAUUUUACUAUACCACGCACUGAGCCGGUUCGUCCAAUUGACCCCGGCGCCUGGGUGGCUCAUACUCAGGCUCUUACCUCACAGGACAGUAUUAUACAUCCCGACAUACCAGAGCCUAUCAAAGAGCGUCUUGAUCAGAACAAUCUUGAGGAAAUUGUUAAAGCAAUGAUCAAACCGGACAGUGGCUUAGAAAUUCGGGAUCGCAUGUGGUUAAAAAUUACAAUACCAAAUGCUUUUAUUGGAGCUGAUGCCGUAAACUGGGUCCUAGAGAACGUCGAAGAUGUUCAGGACAGGCGCGAAGCUCGUCGCAUUGUAUCGGCUAUGUUGCGAAACAAUUAUAUUAAACACACAGUCAACAAAUUGACCUUCUCCGAGCAAUGCUACUAUGUGAUUAACGACGAUCGCAAUCCUCUGCAAUGCCGCUCAAAUUUAAGCCACGCUGACACUGAAAGUAUAACCAGCGACAUUGGUCCCCUGCCAAAUCCCCCAAUAUAUAUGCCAUAUUCAGCAACAUACAAUCCAAGUCACGGUUAUCAGCCCAUUCAGUAUGGUUUAACAGAGCGUCAUGGAUUAUCCUCGGGCUCUAGUAGUUCAGAUGUGCUUACCAGCAAAGAUAUUUCGGCGUCUCAAAGCGAUAUUACAUCUGUCAUUCAUCAAACCAACCAAAUGACGAUUGGUCACCAUCACGGUUCGAACAAAUCUUCGGGAUCAUCUAAUCGUGGUGGCGGUGGCAAUAUCAACAAUGAACAGGAGUCUUCCGUCUUUAAUUAUGUCUUGUAGGACGAGGAGGACUUCCUCUCAGCCAGAAGGCAUAUGAGAGGACGAAACAUAAGGCAGGAACUGCAAUGAAAUUAUUUUUCUCUCAAUACUUUAUUAUUAAUGUGUAUUUUUAUUUUAUUUUCCGUUUUAAAUUCCUCUUUAUUAUUAAUUUUAUUAUUUGCCUUUAAACUUUUCUAUACGUUUCUAAAUA